AUGUUGUGGCACACGAAAGAAAAAAAAGAGGUCCUACAAUGAUGCAUGCAGUACACGUGAGAGAACAUCGUAUAUCCAUCAUAUUAAAUAAAUUUGGACAACCUAUUGGGCCCGAUAAAGCCACACUGGAUCAGUUUUCAUCAUUUUUGGGAACAGUGGCUCGUCAUUAUGCCUUUGCUCCACUAGUUACUCCAACGUGGACCCGUGUAGAAAACAAAAACAAGAUGUGGGAAUAUGUAUUGUCAAAAUAUGAUGUCCCCAUACAUGGAAAAAAAUGGGUCUUAAGUACAAUGGGGUCUGCAUGGAGGGUACACAAGUGUCGAUUCAAGGAAAAGUUUUGCAAAACAUAUAAGGAUAAUAUGACGAGAUGGCGCCACCGCCCAAAAGACAUUCCCCAAAGUGAUUUUCGAGCUCUUUUAAAGCGAUGGAAUUGUAAAGAUUAUCAAGCAAAAUGUUCCCGUAACAAGCGCAGUCGUAGUUUCCAGAAGGACAAUCACACAGCUGGUCGUGAGUCUUUUGCGAGGAUUCGGGAAAGAUUGGAAACUACCCUUCCAAAUUGUAAUGACAUACCUUUGUCAACUAUGUUUGAAGUCACACGUAAAAGGACUGAGGGCCGCAACUACAAAGAGUGUAAUGAAGAUACUGCUGCAAAAGUGGCCAAAAUGAAGAACUAUGAGGCACAGAAUAAGGAUGAAAGUGGUAGUGCAAUAAUUGAUGGAUAUUCAUUUGUUAUGUCAAAAGAGGUUGAUGGUCGUCCGAUAAUGUGUGGCAGAGGUGUGACCAAGAAAGAUAUCUCCAAAGUGAAAGAUAAUC